UAGACCCAAUAUACAAAGAAACUCUCGUAGUCAUAAAAAUCUCUAAACUUGUGUGCGCAGAAGCUAAUUUCUUCCACUUUCUUCAUCACAAGAUCUUCAUUCCGAUAUCAGAUUUGAGGAAUGGCUGAUGGAGAGGAGGAUUUGCCAAGGGACGCAAAAAUUAUUAAAACAUUGCUCAAAUCAAUGGGAGUUGACCACUAUGAACCACGUGUUGUUCACCAGUUUCUAGAACUUUGGUAUCGAUAUGUGGUGGAUGUGCUUACAGAUGCACAGGUAUACUCUGAACAUGCUGGAAAGUCGACUAUCGAUUCUGAUGAUGUCAAACUAGCUAUUCAGUCAAAAGUCAAUUUCAGCUUCUCCCAACCCCCUCCACGAGAGGUCCUACUAGAAUUAGCAAGGAUCAGGAACAAAAUUCCAUUGCCAAAGUCGAUAAAUACACCAGGGAUGGCGUUGCCUCCAGAGGCAGACACCUUGAUUAGUCCAAAUUACCAGCUUGUGAUCUCAAAGAAGCGAACAAGUGAAGCUAUUGAAGAAACUGAGGAAGAGGAAGAUGGUAGUGAUUCUAGGACUGAUCCAUCACAAGAACAGAGUGACAUCACUCAAAAUAUCGGUCAACGAGUUUCCUUUCCUCUUGGCCCAAAACGCUCUAGGUGAACCAUGUGUUAAGUUUGAUACAAAUUCAUUUAAUAACUUGGAAAUUCACGUAGUGUUGAUCUUUAAUCUCUUUUGAUUGCUUCCGAGCUACCUAAAGUGAAUAUGUUGGUAGAUGUUUUAUAUGAAGGUAGGAAAAACUGAAACUUUGCAA